UAUACACGCUGUAACAUUGUGUCAGUUAAAGAGAAACGAGAUUAUUAGAAAUUACGAAAUAAAUUACUGUGUCACCAUUGUUUUUUACGAUACGUAUCUGUGCGAAUUCCUGAUUCAGAACAGCAAGAUCUGAACACAUUUGAAUAAAAUCUUCAAGUAAAGGUGGUGAAAAACAAUCUACAGAUAAUCUAGAUAUGCGAUAUGGAAAAAAUCAACAGUGACGUACAAGUUAGACACAGAUUUUAAAAAAUCAUGUUAAAAGAUUUUUUCACAGUUAUGAUUAAAACAACAAAGUAAAAGAAUUUGACAUCAAAUAUUGCUGACAAAUUUGUUAAAUAAAAGUAGUAGAAGGCGGAUCAAGGAAAAACUAUAUCAGAUUAAUCACGAUUAAUCAACUGACAUAAUUGCUCUGGUAUAGUUACGAUAUACUUGCAGAAAAAACACAGAUUCUUUCCUCAAAAUGAAAAAAUCAAAAAGUGACAAGCCGAAUGAAGAAAAUGUGAAACCCGGUCCCUCUAGACAAAUAGAAGGAUCAACAAAUGACGAAAGUUCGGAGGACAAAGGUUCCAAUCUCUCUAAACAAAUGGAAAAAUUAAACAGUGACGACAACACAGAAGAUGAAGCUUCCAGUUCAACUAGACAGCCGAGCGCAGAAAAGAAGAUAUUUAUUUGCGAUAUCUGUAAUAAAGAAUUUCAAACAAUAAGUAAUUACGGUCGACAUCGACGCAAACACUUCGUAAAAAAUAAGUUAGUAUGCUCUAAAUGUUCUCAAACAUUCAAUGCUUCACAAGACCUAAAAGUACAUUUAAAAACCUGCAAACAUAAGAUAUAUGUUUGCAAGAAAUGCAAGAAACAGUUCGAUUCUGUAUACAAAUUGAGUAAACAUUUGCAGUCGACACACAAUGUUAAUAUCUUGGAGUGUGAUAAGUGUGAGAAAUCGUUUAAGGACUGUGGUCGCUUUAGAGAACACUAUAUGAUACAUAGAAACAACUUACCGUUUAAGUGCAAUGUUUGCGAUAAGAAAUAUCCCACAAAGAAGAAAUUAUUGGAGCACGAAAUGGUGCAUAAAGACGAGAAAAAUUACACAUGCAACGAAUGCAACAGAUGUUACAAGAGACAGACAGCUUUGAAUCGUCACAUACGAAAGAAUCACCCCAAGAAAAAUUUGUCGCAGGAUGAGCAACAUUGUGAAGGCUCUAGAUCAAAAAUUAAUCUCAAACGGAAACUGUCCGAAUCUAACGAGAAUAUAUCUAAACAUAUUAAGGGUGCACUACAGCAAAUAACACCGGCAGGUAGUCGGAACGAGAUCAUGAAGGACAAAAUUGACUACGUUGAACAUAUUGAACAUUCCGAGAAAAAUCCGCCUACGAAACAACAACGCGACGAGGGAGCAAUUAAGUCCUUGAUCAAUGAAAAUGAGGAUUAUAUGUCAACAGAUAAACUGAUAAUUGAAUAUGGAAAACAACAGGUGGCACUUAACGAAAGCUUGAAUUCCCAAUUAAACCCCUCAAAACAAAUUGAACAUUCCGAGAAAAAUCCACCUACAAAUCAACAACAUGGUGAAAGCUCUGAGUUUCAAAUUAACGUGCAAGCAUCAACAAGUAGAGUUGAGUCCAUCGACAAUAUCUAUGAUAUAUUUGGAUCUCAGGACGACGUAGAAAAGCAGAUUUAUCUUCCGGAUGAGAUUGAAGAACAAAAUUGGCUUCAUGAUAACAAUGAUGAUAACAAUGUCAUAAUUGGAUCUGACAAUCAGCAAGCAGUUGAAAAAUUUAUCCACAUGGUAAAUGCACUUAAAACCGACAGCUCCGAGCUCGACAUUGAAACGCAAGCAUUGCAAGCAUCAACAAGUAGAGUUGAGUCUAUCGACAAUAUCUAUGAUAUAUUUGGAUCUCAUCAGGACGACGUAGAAAAGCAGAUUUAUCUUCCGGAUGAGAUUGAAGAACAAAAUUGGCUUUAUGAUAACAAUGAUGAUAACAAUGUCAUAAUUGGAUCUGACAAUCAGCAAGCAGUUGAAAAAUUUAUCCGCAUGGUAAAUGCACUUAAAACCGACAGCUCCGAGCUCGACAUUGAAACGCAAGCAUUGCAAGCAUCAACAAGUAGGGUCGAGAUGAUCGAGGUCGAAGAACUUCAACAGCAAAGUUCAUAUGAUUGCUACCGUUGCGCCGCGACAUUUAGAAGGAAACAAGAUUUGCAGAAGCACAUGAAACUGCAUACGGACGGCAGUAAAUCUAUAUUGUGUGACGUAUGUGGCGAGCUUUUCGAGGAAGAGAACAUAGAGCAGCACAAAUGUAUUAAACAUUCCAAGAAGAACGUAUAAAUGUCUUAGGUACAGCAAAAAGCUCGGGCUGGGAGAAAAUUAUUUUGAAAAUCACGAAAAGUCUUACCAAUUCUCGCAAGAAAGUAAACACAAGUUUCAGUACGAAUAUUACAAGAAGACAUUUGGCUUGAAAUUGAGAUUACUGAAGCAAUUCCUACAGCACCAAUACUACAGGAAAUUGAAAUGUAAAAUUGCGACAUGAAUUUCGGUAAGUUCGACGAAUGGUACAGACACAAAUGUUCAAACGAAGAAAAUAUUGCCAAGGAGGAGCCAUUUCAUUGAUGGUGCAACAAAAGUUUCAAUCAUAAAAAAAAAUUAGAGAGUUUACCUACUUAAUUGUAUAAAAUUUUAGCCAUAUUUAUAUGUAAGUGACCAA